AUGCCGUUCAGCCUCAGGGGAUUCAUUGAUAGGACCAUCAAUUUGUUCAAGAUGGCGGUGACCAACCAUCAGAUCCACAAUGUUGUCGAAGACAUCAUGGAGCAGGUCAAGAUGGUCAAUGAGCGUCGUAAGAGGUACAAGGUUGAUGAGGUGUCUAAUAGUCCAGUUGUGGAGACUAUUGAUCCAAAGAAUGAGCUGCCUAAGCGACUGUUGGAACAAGAGAGCUUAUCGAGAAAGCAAUCAAAUAUAAUUCCUAUAGUUGGGUUGGGAGGCUUGGGAAAGACAACCCUUGCCAAUUCAUUGCUGCAGGACUUUAAGGCACAAUUUGAUUGCCACUUUUUUGUCUCCGUAUCCUUUAGUCCUGAUAUAAAGAAGAUUUUUAAGAAUAUUCUUGUCCAACUUGAUGAGAAUAAGUAUGGCCACAUAGAUGAAUCAUGGGAAAUAAAGUUACUCAUUGACAAAAUUAUAGAAUUCCUCAAGAAUAGAAGGUACAAUUCUAUGCUAUACUGA